AUGGUGCACCACAAUGCUAUGGAUUUGGAGGACAGUGUUGUGGAAUCUGAGGAGUGUGUUGUUGUUGUGAAUGGAAAAAUUCUUGUAUUUGAUAUUUCUUCAAUGUCUCAACAAAGGCAAGCUCAGAUGGUGGGUGGAAACAACCAGGAGCAAUAUAAUGACACAACUUUUACCAAAAUCUUUGUUGGAGGGUUGGCUUGGGAGACUCAGAGGGACACAAUGAAAAGAUAUUUUGAGCAGUUUGGAGAGAUCUUGGAGGCUGUUGUGAUCACAGAUAAGAACACUGGGAGAUCCAAGGGUUAUGGCUUUGUCACAUUUAAGGAUCCUGAGGCAGCCAUGAGAGCAUGUCAGAACCCAUCUCCAGUUAUUGAUGGGAGGAGGGCUAACUGCAAUCUUGCUUCUCUUGGUGCAAACAAGAACCGGCCACCAACUUUUCAGCAUGGUGCAGGAAGGUUCAGGCCACCACCUGGACUAGUGACAUCACCUGCUUAUCAUGGUUCUUCAUCUUCUACUACAUUUUUCCAUCAACCCCCUAGGCAAUACACAUUUCCUUAUUCAGCAUACGGAUAUUCUGGAUAUUCACAAGACACCUUGUAUCCUACGAACUAUUAUAAUGUGUAUGGAGUUCAGCAAUUUUCAGCUUACUACCCAUCUGCUGGAGCUUCUGGUGCAGUAGGGUUGAUCCAUAAUAUCUACCCCUUUUAUGGUCAAUAUGCACAGAGUAUCCAGGCUCAUGGUUUUGGGGUUCAAUACCCUCAAAUGGCACAGUUUCCAUUUUUGCCUCAGCAUUAUGGCUCCACUGGGAUAUUGUCAUAUCCUUCUUCUGUAGCAGUGCCAACAACUAGUGCAGGAACUGCAACCACAACUACAACACCAACAACAUCAUCAGGUGUGACAGCAACAGUGGCUGGUAGUUCACAAGCCUCACAAGCAGCUUCUGAACAAAAUUCUACAUCUACAAAGAUACAGAACACGGAAGGCUAA